AUGGCCGCCACCGGCGUGGUCGCCGAGCCCAAGACCAAGUACGAUCGCCAGCUCAGGAUAUGGGGUGAUCAAGGCCAGGCUGCACUGGAGAAGGCUAGCAUAUGCUUGCUUAACUGUGGUCCUACUGGAACAGAAGCCUUGAAGAAUCUCGUGCUUGGAGGAAUAGGAAGUGUGACUGUUGUUGAUGGCUCCAAAGUUGAAGCAUCUGAUCUGGGCAACAAUUUUCUGUUGGAUGAAGGAUGUUUGGGGCAACCAAGAGCUAAAUCUAUAUGUUCUUUCCUACAAGAGCUUAAUGACGCUGUUAAAGCCAAGUUUGUUGAGGAGUUUCCAGCGCAUUUGAUAGACACUAAUCCUUCAUUCUUUUCCCAGUUUACUGUUGUCAUUGCUACUCAGCUUCCAGAGAGUUCUUUACUGAAGCUAGAUGAUAUCUGCAGGAAAGCAGAUAUCGUUUUGGUUGCCGCACGUUCAUAUGGUCUAACCGGUUUGGUCAGGGUUAGUGUCAAGGAGCACUGUGUCAUAGAAUCAAAACCAGACCACUUCUUGGAUGAUUUGCGACUUCAUAAUCCAUGGACUGAACUAAAGCAAUUUGCAAAAUCAAUUGACAUAAAUGAUAAGGAUCCUGUUGUCCACAAGCAUACUCCAUACAUCGUUAUCCUUGACCUAAUUCGAGCCCAUAUGCUUAAUGUCGAUGAAGAAAAUUACAAAGAAGCUGUGGACUCUUCAUAUAAAGUCUCAGUCACUCCAGGAAUCAGUAAUGAGAUCCGUCAGAUAAUUGAUGAUGACUCUGCUGAAGUCAAUUCAUCAUCAUCAGAUUUCUGGAUUUUAGUGGCUGCUUUAAAGGAGUUUAUUGCAAAGGAGGGCAAUGGUGAGCUACCUCUGGAGGGAACAAUACCUGAUAUGACUUCCCUUACUGAGUAUUAUGUAAGCCUACAAAAGAUUUACCAAGCUAAGGCGGAAUUUGACUGUCUUGCCCUGGAGCAUCAUGUAAAGGAAAUCUUGAAGCGGAUUGGUAGAGAUCCGGAUUCUAUUUCAACAACAUAUAUCAAAACAUUUUGUAAAAAUUCUAGGAAACUAAGGCUUUGUAGAUAUCGUAGUUUCGAGGAGGAAUUUGGCUCUCCAAUUGUCUCUGAGAUUCAGAGGUAUUUCACCGAUGAAGACUACAGUUACGCAAUGAACUUCUACAUUCUACUACGGGCUGUUGAUCGAUUGGCUGCCAAUUAUAGCAGAUUGCCUGGAAUCUUCGACAGUGAGAUUGAUGAGGAUAUCCCUAGGCUGAAGACAGUUGCGGCUUCAGUGCUAAGUGAGAUGGGUUUGAACGGAGCAUCCUUAUCCGAAGACCUGAUAACUGAAAUGUGCCGGUUCGGGGCUGCGGAGAUCCAUCCAGUGGCUGCUUUUGUCGGUGGAGUCGCUUCCCAAGAAGUAAUUAAGCUGGUCACCAAGCAGUUUGUGCCGUUGCGGGGAACAUUCAUAUUUAACGGAAUCGACCUCAAAUCUCAAGUUUUGGUGCUAUAA